AUGGGAGGGAAGAUUUGGGUAUUCUGGAUUGAUGAAUUGACGUUUGAAGUGCACGGUAUGUCAGAUCAGAUGAUCUCCGGCUGCCUUAGCAAGGGAGCGGAUAGCAUCAAUGUGGUUUUCGUAUAUGCAAAAUGUAAUCCAGUGGAAAGAAGGUUGCUUUGGCAAGAUAUGGAGGCUAUGCGUGAUGAUCGUACUCCGUUGGUGGUGGUAGGCGAUUUUAACAUAAUCCGAGAAGACCGAGAGCGUAUUGGAGGUAAUCCGAGAUCUCUAUCGGCUAUGUCGGAAUGUAAUUCUUGUAUGCACAACUGUGGUCUUGUGGAGAUGACAGGUUAUGGAGGUAGAAUGUCGUGGUGCAACGGGUAUCGGGGUCCAUCGAGGAGUUGUGCACGUCUGGAUAGAGCGUUUCUGAAUUUGGCUCUCUCUCAGAGGUUUCCGAAUGGGUGCAUGGAGUACUUAAAGCGAAAGACAUCGGAUCAUUGUCCAAUGUUAAUAAAGCUUGCGGUGGAGUCCCAGAGAUAUGGCCCGGCUCCAUUUUGGUUCCAAAGUAUGUGGUGCACUCAUGAGAAUUUUCUUCAGUGUGUGGAGGGGGUAUGGAGAGAACCGGUAGCUGGGACUGGUUUAGUAUGCUUGGCGGCAAAAUUGAAGAAGCUGAAGCCAGUGCUUAGGAAGUGGAAUCAGGAGAUUUUUGGCCGAGUAGAUCAGUCAAUAAAGGAGUUAGAGGCAAAAGUGGAACUUCUGGAGAUGCGGUUGCAAGAGGGGCACAUAGCAAAAUUAGAGCAUGAGUAUAUGCAGACAAAAGCAGAAUUAGAGAGGUGGGAAAACAGGGAAGAGAUCCGGCUGUCUCAACAGGCUAAAAAGAGAUGGAUCACGGAUGGAGACCGUAACUCCAAAUUUUAUCAUGUCGUGGUCAAUCAACGUAGGAAGGCUUCUGCAGUUUCAAGAAUGACUCUACGCAGCCCCGGGCCAGAUGGUUUUGGUUCUGAAUUUUAUAUGCAUUGCUGGCCUAUUGUUAAAUGGGAUGUGUUAGAAGCUGCACGUGAUUUUUUUCAAGGUACGCCGUUGCCUAGAUUUUAUUCAGCUUCUUACAUAGUUCUUAUUCCCAAAAUGCAGGACCCUCAUAAUUUUGAUAAGUUAGGCCGAUUAGCUUGUGAAGUUCUUACUAGAAUGCUGAAGCAAAAUUUUAAUCAUGGAAGAAUAUCGCCAUAUUAUAUCCCGAGAGGUGCACCUUUGGUCUCGCAUCUUCUUUAUGCGGAUGACCUUCUUAUUUUUGCAAAUGGUGGGAAGAAGUCAGUUAGAGGGAUCAUCCGAACUCUGGAACAAUAUGCUCAAUGGUCUAGUCAAGCCAUUAAUAAAGAGAAAUCAGCUCUCUUUAUGUCAAAAAGAAUUCCUUACGAUCGAAGGUGUGGCCUACUGAAUAAGACAGGUUUCACGGAGGGGUCUUUUCCAACAAUCUAUUUGGGAGUUCCUCUGGUAACAGGACGUCUUACUGCUAGACAUUUGGAGCCAUUGGUGAAUAAAGUACGAAAUAAGGUGGCGAGUUGGAAAGUAAAAACAUUAUCCCAAGCUGGUCGGCUAACGUUGAUCAAGCAUAUGUUGUCAUGCAUGGCAACUCACUUGUUGGCAGUUCUUAAUGUUCCUCAAAUUCUUUUAUCCAAGCUUAACUCGAUUUUGUCAACCUUCUUCUAG